CACCUGUAUAGGGAUAAGGCAGCCGUUUAGGUCUCGGCCAAUAUCAGUCAAACCGCAAGUGAAUGUUAUUUGUGUGAAUGUGAACUGAUAGUGACUAGUUUAAUGCUACAUUAAAACACAAAAAGGAGAUUAAUGUUAAAAAUUACAAAACCACUUGGAUAUAGUGCGAGGUUUCUCAGUGCCUUGAGCCAUGAGAGUGAAGGUUAUUUCCAUUUUGGAGGACAACUACAUGUACUUGGUUAUAGAUGAGCAAAGUAAAGAAGGCAUUGCUGUAGAUCCUGCUGUACCUCACCGGCUGCUUGAGAUAGUGAAAAGAGAAGGAGUGAGACUCACAGCAGUGUUAACUACACACCAUCACUGGGACCAUGCACGGGGCAAUGAGGCUCUGCUAAAGGACCUCCCCGAUUUACAAGUGUAUGGAGGAGACGACCGCAUCACAGGACUGACCCACAAAGUUACUAAUGGCCAGGAGCUCAAGUUUAACAAGAUAAAUGUGAGAUGCCUGUUCACACCUUGCCAUACCUCUGGACACAUGUGCUACUUCCUGUGGGAAGACAACUGCCCCGAUUCCCCCGCAGUGUUCACUGGGGACACACUGUUUGUGGGUGGUUGUGGGAAAUUCUUUGAGGGAACGGCAGAGCAGAUGUACCACAACCUGACCAAGGUGCUAGGAACCCUGCCUCAGGACACAAAGAUCUUCUGUGGUCACGAAUACACAAUAAAGAACCUGAAGUUUGCAAUGCUGGUGGAACCAGAAAACGAGAGGGUGAAGGAGAAGCUUAGCUGGGCUCGGUUAAUUACUAGGCAAGAGACGACGACGACAAGCCGACAGUGCCGUCAACGUUAUUGGAGGAAUUUGAAUACAAUCCAUUCCUCCGUCUCUUCGAGGAGGGUGUGCAGAAGUUUACAGGGAAGUCAGACCCUAUCGAGGUUCUACGUGUGCUACGAAAAGAGAAGGACAACUUCAAGAAGCCCAAAGAGCGCAUUCCCCCGCAUGCCAUGCUCGCUCUGGAAUGGGGUCUGCUUAGACCAAAACUCACUUAAACAAAGCACUGGACUACUGCAGUACACACUGACCAUGCUGAAGCUAGUGCUACUGUCUAUUGCUGACGUAGUGCCAUUAUGAGAGAACAUGAUAAGUUUAACUUACCACUUACAUUGCAUGUUAAUCAUAAAUUACAAUUUGCAUUUCUGCAUCUUGUCACAUUGAGGCAUUUAUUUCAAUGAUCCUGAUUUAUGCUUGUUUACACAUAUUUGCACGAAUUACCUGAAUGAUACUGUAAGUAAUAUAAAAAUAAUUAUAUAAAUAAUUUACAAGAAAAUCAUUUGAGUUGCAUUUAAAUUGUUCACUUUUUUGUUUACACAAUUUUACCUCUUAACUACAAAAAAGAUGCUUAACCUCCAUGGAUUAAAUACUCAGUCAAUAAAGCUACAAUUAAAUGUAAACAAGUUUUUAUUAAACAUAUUCAGUAAUGUUUAUUUCCUAAAUAAAUAUAGUAAGAAUAACUUAUAUACAUAUGAUCAUUUAUUCAAACACAUUUUCUUAACAUUGUAAAUUAUUCAAGGUACCUGCAAAUGCAAAGCAGAGUAAUUUGAUUGUUCUAUCAACGAUUAUUUUUCCUAUGUAUAUGAAAUAUUUAAAAUAAUAAAAAGUAGGUCUUUCAAGUUCAGAGAAAUGGCAAAUGGCCUCAUUUUUUUGUUGAGUAUGAUGCUGAUCACUCUCCUCGUGUAAUGUAUAAGUCAGCUAAGCAAUGGAACUGGAAAUACUUCACCCAGAGGAAUAGAGAACUUUUCUGAUUGCUGCCAUUAAUGUUCAGGGUGGGACAAGUUUUGGGGAAAUUACUUCAGACUUGAAAAAAUAAAAAGCAUCAGUUUCACAAUUCUUGUUAAUCUAAAAAAUGCAACGAUAGCUGUUUUCAUUGAUGUUCUGUGCCACUGGUUUGCCAUGACAGCUGGAUCUAUCUGUCUUAUGGUCAAUUAAAGAGAACAGAAUUUAUUUUUACAGUGAAUAUAUUGCAUUACAUUGACACAGGGGCCUUACCCCCAGAAUAACAGAUUCAGUAAAUUAAAGCACAAUUUAUCAGUCAAUAAAGUAUUGGAUGGAUUAGAUUAUAGCUAAAAUAAUUAACAAUACAUAAUAAGUUGAAUAAAGUUUGUGCUUAGUUUUUUUUUCUGUGUU